CAUCUCUGAGUGACAGAUGCAAACCAAACACUCGUCUCUGGAUCGUGGUUGCUCCUCCCUGGUAUAGCCCGUCGUAGCCAAUUGGGUGACUCUCAGACAGACCCCAAUGCCCCUUCUUGCUACAGUUCCCGCAGAGUAAAAAACACAUUGGAACUAAAGGGGAGAGCUAUCCAUUUACAGCUGCUGCCAGACAUUCGAUCGUGUUCGCAUGGCGAGGGGGUAACCUGAUCGGCUGAAGGCUUGCCGAAACCAGGGAGGAGUGACUUACAAGGAAGGCUUGAAAAAUGUCUUCUUCUUCAGGAGAAGUCACAAUUUCAAAUAACAUCAAGAAAGAAAAUGUGAAGACGGACAAGCGAGAUUGCAUCAAGCUUCUAGCGCUGGAAACCGCGGAGUUGUCUAUGGAGCGCGCAACUUCGAACACUGAUGCAGUCCACAGUGAACUUCUGGUGAGCGCGGCUUCCUCGCUGGCAUUCUCCCCGGAGCAAGUGGCGUGUGUCUGCGAGGCUUUGCAGCAGGGAGGCAAUGUGGACCGGCUGGCCAGGUUUUUAUGGUCCUUACCACAGAGUGACCUGCUACGUGGCAACGAAAGCAUCCUGAAAGCCCAAGCUCUUGUCGCUUUUCAUCAAGCUCGGUACCAGGAGCUCUACAGUGUUUUGGAGAACCACAACUUCAGUCCAUUCAAUCACUCCUCGCUGCAAGACCUCUGGUAUAAGGCACGGUACACCGAGGCAGAGAAAGCGCGGGGGAGACCCCUGGGCGCCGUGGAUAAAUAUCGCCUGCGGAGAAAGUACCCACUACCCCGGACUAUCUGGGACGGGGAAGAGACAGUAUACUGCUUCAAAGAGAGGUCCCGCAACGCGCUGAAGGAUCUAUACAAGCAGAAUAGAUAUCCCUCUCCAGCCGAGAAAAGAAACCUCGCUAAAAUCACGGGACUCUCCUUGACGCAGGUCAGCAACUGGUUCAAAAACAGGAGACAGAGGGACAGAAACCCGUCCGAAGCACAAUCAAAAAGUGAAUCUGAUGGCAACCACAGCACAGAGGAUGAGUCUAGUAAAGGGCAGGGGGAGCUCUCUCCACGCCCCCUCUCCAAUUCAUCUGAAGGGACGAUGACCCAUGGGGUCCUCCCCCUGCAGACAGGGUCUCUGGACAGUGGUGUAAUCAUCCAACAGAUUGGAGACAUCAAGAUACCCCCUGGAUCCAGCAGCGAGGUGCCCUUCAACGGAAACCUAGUGACAAGUAACCCCUCCACUGUCUUCCAUAACGGUGGCUCGUCUUACCUCCAGGCCCCCAGCAACAUCUUGUUCAAUGGGCUCAACCUGGGCAUCCAGCCCUUGGCCUUCAACUCCCUGCGGCCCUCUGGGGGGGUCUUGAUGGGGGGCUCUGGUGUGGACAUGCAGAUGCAGGCAGGCCAGGAGAAGGGGCUGGCAGGCUCCAGUGUGGACUACACCUCCUAUUCUGGCUGUGUAAACGGAGCAGAGGUGAAGCUGGAGGGGGUUUACAGCAUGGCAGCUCAAAACGGCGGCUCGUCUGUCCUCACGUUCAGCUCGUCUUCAGGGGCGCUCCAGCUGGGCGGUUACAGUCUGGUCCACGUGCCUAGCGGCGUAUCCAACGGCGAAGGGACGUCACUGCUCAACAGCAACUUGGGUCUUCCUCCUCUGCAGCUCCCCUCUGACUCCUCAUCACUCUCACAAGGUACAAUCCAAAUGAACAAUGUAGCAGUCAGUUCUUCUAGUGAGGACUCCUACCACCACCAGCACCAUCAGGACAAGCUGGCCAUGGCCCCCAUGCACCCCAGCACGGUGCUCUACAGCAUGGGCAACGCUGGACAGACCUCCAUCAAGAAGGAGCCCCUGGAGGGUUGUGGGGGUGGAGGGGUGUACUCCUACCACCAUGGCCUUCACCUGGACCCCAGUGGGCAGCUCAGCUACUCCUCAGACCCACUAACCUCAGAGGAGGUCCCCUCCAGCCGGGGCUCCUCCUCUGACGUAACCACUGUCAGCUCCUCCAGUCCAGAGCCUGAGGUCUACACCAGCCUCACCGUCAGCACCCCUCUGAUGGCCCAAACAGACCCUAACGGACACCAACUCCAGCCUGGGGAGUACCUCAGGGGCCACAACCCACAACCUGUCCCCUCCUCACACCUUCUGGGCCCUGGCAUGAACAACAACUACAUGUCUGUGUCGGAGAGUAAGGUGGACGCUAGUGGCGGUGGGGUGAAUGAGAUGGUGCGGGUCAUGUGUGGGGAAAUGGAGCCGGGGGAGGAGAAGGAGCUGGCCAAAUUACAGACAGUGCAGAUGGACGAGGACAUGGUUGACGUUUAACCUGUAACCUAUGACCUUUCAUAAGCACUCAUAUCUGCCCAAGCAGUGAUGUGGUGAAUCUUUUUACUCUUUUUUUUUACCAUUCAUUUCCUCUAACUGUUAAAUUAUUUGCUAAUGUUGUGUUCAUUUUACCUUACAAUAAACUCUAUUCAGAUACAAACCCCUUGGAUUGGCACCAUGAAGUCAUCCUAUUUAAAUAUUUUAAAA